AAGAAUCAGAGAUUGGCGAGCGAAGAAGAAUCUCUGGAUCUAGAGCAGAAAACAUAUAAAAUGGAUUAUUUAUACUAUAACCUUCAUGUUAAUGAAAAGAACGAUAUAUUCUGACAAUGCAAUGAUGUAGAAACGAUGUAUCAGAACUACCGGACAUUUUCGAGAGACAAGAACAAAUAGACUAGUGAUAUAAGUGUUCCGCCGGAUAAUAUAGAUUGUUGUUAACUACAGCAAGACAUUAUUGAAGUAAAUACACAAUGGCUGCAAUUGAAAAAAGACGGAUGUACUUGAUCCUGUUGAUUAAUAUUGGAAAUACAUUUAUAAUCUUUAAAGGUGUAUCUGCCUAUAAACAUCUCGGUUGUUACCCAUCUACUGUUCAAAGUCAUGACGCCACACGUUCCAAUGCAAACAUGACAGUAGACACUGGAGUUGAAGAAUGUCGAGACCGUGGCUACCCAUUUGCGGGAUUACAAGGGGCGAAGUCCUACUGCUCCGACAUCUACAACAUUUCAGCGACACGUGGACUUGAUUCAGAAUGCGGUACAAAAUGUCCAGGCAGCGGGCCGGGUAGCAAUGCCACGUGUGGAGGCACUACACACAUCGACCUUUACUACACGGUUACCGGAGCCCCUAUAGACACAGACAACGAUGGCGUCAACCUGAGACCAACAGACCUUAAUUGGGAACGUGCUAGAAGGGAGUGUGUCAAGCAGGACAACGAUCUUCUUGUUUUCACUGGCUCAAAUACAACGCAAAUUGAAACUGCCCUGAAUACCACUCUUGGACUGCUUGAUUCUGUUGGAUUUCCGGACGAGGAGGUGUGGAUUGGAAUAUACCAACAUGGUGACAUAUUUCACAGCACCAACGAAUAUCAGACAUACAUCCACUCGGCGUAUGUGAAUACAUGGGAUACGGGCAACAAUACGAUGGACUACAAGUGUGUCAUUGUAGAUGGCUACCACAGGAGCCUCAAGACUGAAUCGUGUGGGCUCAGCAAUUGGUUUAUGUGUGCUAAGCCUUUAGACCCUGACACUCUAACACCGCCUCCAACACCAGCUCCGUAUAUUCCCUGGCAACAGCAAAUCUAUCUGUUCUUUCAAGAUUCAAAUAAUGUCGUAAUGUGUCUCGUACUCCCAUUGCUAGGAUGUUGCUAUGGAGGAUCAUGUCUGAUAUACUUGUUCGCUAAACUGUGCAAGGCUUGUCGACAGCGAAAACGCAGGGCUCUUUUUGUUGAGAACCAAACAACGGAACCUACAGUUGGCACUGGCUAUACCAAAAUAAACACUGACUUUUAUAAUGGUGCAACUAUGGAUGCAUGCGAUAACAAGUCUCUCUUGGCUAAUGACUCGAUGCUUCACAUUGAGGAUGGCUAUGUCGCUAAGGAGUAUAACGAUGACGACCAGGCACCACAUGAUAGUUUAGAAGGUUCAACAACCUCAACGACCGCUCUACUUGAAAAAGAAAGCAUGUCACGAAAAUCUGCUAAAGACAACGAGAUUGAUGAAGGUUUACAGGAAGUACCAGGUGCGAUUACGCCUCGUGAGGAUAACGUGGUUGCCACAGAGAAUGAAACGAUAAUUGACAAUGACAAAGCUAGUAAAACUAAAAAGAAAAAGGUAGGCAAGGGAAAGAAAGCAAAAGCAGCAGCAAGUGCUGUAUCGAAAUUAUCAAAACGAAGUAAAGCGGGAAGUCGAGCUAAAUCUAACACAUCUAUGGCAAUUGAAGAAGAUGGUGGUGAAGCAUCUACUCCUACAAAGGAAAAGAAAAAGAAGAAAGAUAAAGACGAAACGUCUGAUAAAGAUGAGUCAAAGAUUACUAAAAAGAAAAAGAAGGGUCAAGAGAGCAAGGUGGCGGCAGAUAGUCCGACGGAAGCCGCUAUUAAGAAAUCAAAGCGCAAACUAAAGGCCGCUGCAGCCGCCGCAAUCGCCGUAACAGCGACAGAAACAGAAAAGUCAGAGAAGAAUUUCGAAGAACUUGAAGAGGAAAAGAAGACACCAAAGAAGGGAAAGAAAAAGGCAAAACGGUCUGAUUUAUCAGCUAAAGCAAGCGAUAAAAAAUCACAAUCAGUACGGUCAACUGAUUCAGGGUUUGAGGAGCCGACCGAAGCACAAAGCAAAAAAGAAAAGCCGAAGGAAAUCAGAGAGGAAUCACGUGAUGAUCUCCGCGAAGCAGAUGAUAUUAUUCAAGACCUGGAUAAAGACUUCCAGCCAAAGAAAAGGAAACAGUCUGCUGACAUAGUUCAUAUACCAGGGCCGCCAAAAGCUGGCCGACGCCAAGAUCGGGGUGGCUCCGCGAACGCCUACGUACCAUCGAUGAUGGAAAGAUCAUAUUCUUCAGGAAAUGAUUUUAGUGACAUACGCCGACCUCGAACGCCAGUCACAAUGUCAGAUAUUCUUGCUGCUAACGCUGGUGCACGUGGUGAAGGCACGGGUCAAGCGUGGGGUGAUGGUGGUGGGGAACCUGUAAACUUAACAGAUGUUCCGAUUCGUGAAAUACUGCGACUCAAAGCUAUGGUCAAGGAGGCGUCUGGAGAGCAGUCAGCGCCGAGGCGACCGAAGCGUCGAGUGAUAGCGUCAUAGAGUGACAAUGAGUCGCAACACAAUCAAUUCACAAUUCAAUCACAGCAAUUUUAGGCUGAUGACCUACUCAUUAAAAGGAUGAUAGUUCUGUGAUAAAUCCGUCCAAAUGAUAGUAUAAUGCAUCAUUAUAGCCGGUGAAACGUAUCUUAUUCCCCGUCCCGGAGAUUACUAGCCUACUCCCUUUUCAUAUGGCUUGGAGUGGCUCUUACUGGAAAUAAACAAAACGUGAAAAAUGUUGUAAUUAAGAACUGUUAAAACCAAUAGAGGAGAGAAAUUAAACUCUUGGAACACGCAUUCCUGAUAUUCCUGAUACAGGAAUCAAAAUAUACUCCUUUCCAUAAGUUUGGCAACAGGAAUUCCCCUUUGGGAUUAUUUAUUAAAGCUUAUACAUGUUUGGCGAUUUAUAAUAAUUCAUCAAAUUUUGUUAUUUCCCGAAUUUUUGUAACUCAGGAACACACUGGCAGACUUUGAUACAUCCAUGUUUGCUAUCCAAAGAAAACCUCUUCCGAUUCCCAAACUUAUGGAUGAGAGUGUACAUGCGUUACACUUAGUUCGAACUAUCACAAUGAUGUAGUUUCUAUCUAGCUGAACAAAGCUGAAUUAAUAGAUGUCACUACUGGCAUUAGUUGUUUUAGUUGGGCCAGACUGUCAUUUACAAUGUUAAAAGCUUGCAAUAGUCACUUA